CCCACAUGUUUUUUUCUCUCUUGCUCUCUUUUAGACCCACACACUUUCUCAUGCUAGUUCUCUCGGUUCAUUUAUCAGGGCGCAGUGUUUGACAGUGAGCGUGUCUCUGGACAGUCUGUUUCAGUGUGGAUGCUCUCUGGCUCAAUCCUUUCCUCCGGUCAGUAUCUUGUGGCUGUGGUGGGACGUCUAGUUAUAUUGAUCUUUUUGGGUUCACCUCCAGCUCAGUGGACUCAGGAUGGAAGCAAUAGCUAUUUACAACUUUUGUGCUACGGAAAGUGAUGAGCUUAGCUUUCAGAAGGGAGAUGUACUCAAGAUCACUAAUAAGGAAGAUGAUCCUAACUGGUACACAGCAGAGUUGGUUAACAGGAAGGGCUACGUACCUAAAAACUAUAUUAGCGUCAGGCCACACACAUGGUUUGCGGGCCGUAUCUCCAGAAAUGUAGCCGAGAAUCGACUGCGCCAGGAGAAACAGGGAAGCUUCUUAGUAAGAGAAAGUGAGAGUGCACCUGGAGAAUUCUCUAUGUCAGUGAGCUAUGGGGAUCACGUACAGCAUUUCAAGGUGUUAAAGGAUAGAGAUGGCUAUUACUUUAUUUGGGAGGAGAUCUUCCCUUCCUUAAAUCAGCUUGUGGAAUUCUACAAGACCAACAGCAUUGCAAGGGAAAGGACUGUGUUUCUGAGGGAUACAGAAGAUGCACUAAAGUGGCCCCAUCACGCACAUGCCCUGUUUGACUUCAAUCCAGAGCUCAACUCCCAGCUGCACUUCCUGCGGGGUGAUGUCAUAGACCUGCUGGACUGCUCAGAUUCUCAACGCUGGAAAGGUCGUUGCCGUGGACGUGUGGGCUUUUUCCCCCCUGAGUACGUCCAGCUGACUCACUGACUCUGAAGGACAAUAACAACACUGUGUGUACAUAGCAGUAGUCGAUUGUUAGCAUCUUUCAUUGGUUUAAUACGACAGGAAUCAUCAAGCUAAGUGUGUUUGAAAAUGACUUUGGAACACGCAAACAUACCGAAAUGGACAGUUACUAAAACGUAAUCAUGCUGUUGACACUAAGAUGACACAUUUCAGCUUUAUAGGAUAAAAGCCGCCAAAUUAUCCAGCAUCACUGUACAAAAAAUAAUAUCCAUUCAAGUGUAUUAAAAUGCAUAUAUAGAUUUUGAAUUGUAUAUUAAUACAAUCUCUUCACUGCACUUUGCUUACAAAUUUGGAUAUUAGCUCAAACAUUUCUUCAAUCAAUUUUUCUGUGUAUGUUGUUUUGUUGAUGUCUUUUGAUGAUGUAAAUGUUAGCAUUAUAAU